AUGGGCAAAGCUACCAGAUGGUUGAAGGGUUUGUUGGGAAUGAAGAAAGAGAGGGACUGCUGUGGCUAUUCUGGCUCACUGGCUCUGGCCAAGAGGGAAAAGAAACAAUCGGAGAAGGAUGAAGAGAGUCACAUUACACCAUCGGCCAUCAAUCGUACUAGGCACACAUCCUAUGUUGCCAAAAAAGGGUGUGUGAAGGCCACUGGUGUGGCAGUUGUGAAAUCAAGAAGGUGUGACAGAGACACCUUGCUAAUUGGAAGCAGGGAGGGCUGGGCUGCUGUGUUGAUUCAAUCCUUUUUCAGAGGUUAUUUGGCGCGAAAAGCUCUUAGAGCACUCAAAGGAUUGGUUAAAAUACAGGCUCUUGUUAGAGGGUAUCUAGUUCGAAAAAGGGUUGCUGCAACUCUUCACAGUGUGCAAGCUAUGAUAAGAGCUCAAGCUGUUGCUCUAUCAGUGCGAGCUCGUCGUUCCUUGGACAAGGAGAAUAGAUUUCAUCCAGAAUCUCCUUCCAGAAAAUAUGUGCAACGGUUUGAUGAAACAAGAAAUUAUCAAUCACAUAAAAGAAGGGUAUCCAUAUAUUCUAAGGCACCCUUGAAUCGGUUUGAUGAGAGCUCAAAAGUUGUCGAGGUGGACACUCACAUGCCCCAUUCAAGAUGUAGGAGCAUUAACACUGCAAUGUCUGAAUGUGGAGAAGAGCUGCAUUAUCAAGCAAUGUCAUCGUCUCUUCCUUAUCCAGUUCAAGGUCGAAUCUCACUUCAUGAAAGCCAGCACCCUCAUGAGUUUGAAUGGUUCUUCAACCUUGAUGAAGGUAACAAGUUCUCCACAGCACACAACACGCCUCGUUUACCAAAAUGCAUGAUACCAGCUACUCCUCUGAAGAGUGUUUGUGGGGACUCCAAUUUCCCUAACUACAUGGCCAAUACUCACUCUUCUAUGGCCAAACUAAGGUCUCACAGUGCUCCAAAGCAAAGACCUGAACUCAGAAAAAGGCUUUCAAUCAAUGAAAUGAUGGCAGCCAGAAAUAGUGUUAGUGGUGUUGGAAUGCAAUGGCCUUCCAACCCAAAAACUCAAGAUUACUAUUUCUUUGACAAGCUCAGUUGGUUAGAGCGUCGUGCUAAUAACGCGAAGGUCGCAGGUUCGAAACCUGCAUGGGCCAGAUCAACACUUAUUGGACUUUGGGCUUUCAAUUACCAGGUUACAGGCCCCAAACUUCAUUCUCCGGCCCAUUUUGCCGCUCAUCCGAAAUCCAUACAAAUAAGUUUUAUAAAAACCGUUCUUAUACCAAUGAAAAUAAGUUAUAACAAAGGAGAGUAUGAGUAA